CCACCGUGGCGAAGGCGGUUUAGUAGCAGCAUGAAGCGCGCCCAGACCGCGGAGGAACGAGAGCGCGAAGCUAAGAAACUAAGGCUCCUGGAGGAGCUUGAGGACACUUGGCUUCCUUACCUGACUCCCAAAGAUGAUGAGUUCUAUCAGCAGUGGCAGCUGAAAUAUCCCAAACUGGUUCUCCGAGAGGCUGGCAGUAUAUCCGAGGAGCUGCAUAAAGAGGUCCCCGAGGCCUUUCUCACACUGCAUAAGCAUGGCUGCUUGUUUCGGGACGUGGUUAGGAUCCAAGGCAAAGAUGUGCUUACCCCAGUGUCUCGCAUCCUCAUCGGGGACCCAGGCUGCACUUACAAGUACCUGAACACUCGACUCUUCACAGUGCCCUGGCCAGUGAAGGGCUGCACCAUCAAUUACACAGAGGCUGAGAUUGCUGCUGCAUGUCAGACCUUCCUCAAGCUCAAUGACUACCUGCAGGCUGAGACCAUCCAGGCCUUGGAAGAACUGGCUGUCAAAGAGAAGGCUAAUGAAGAUGCUGUGCCAUUGUGCAUGGCAGAGUUCCCCAGGGUCGGCAUGGGGUCCUCCUGUGAUGAAGAAGUGGACAUUAAGAGCAGAGCAGCUUACAACGUGACUUUGCUAAACUUCAUGGAUCCUCAGAAAAUGCCGUACCUGAAAGAGGAGCCUUAUUUCGGCAUGGGGAAAUUGGCGGUGAGCUGGCAUCAUGACGAGAACCUGGUGGAUAGGUCAGCUGUGGCGGUAUACAGCUACAGCUGUGAAGGCUCCGAUGACGAAAGCGAGGAUGAGUCUAGCUUCGAGGGCAGAGAUCCCGAUACUUGGCAUGUUGGUUUCAAGAUCUCAUGGGACAUUGAGACGCCAGGCUUGGCAAUACCUCUUCACCAGGGCGACUGCUAUUUCAUGCUGGAUGAUCUCAAUGCCACCCACCAGCACUGUGUUUUGGCUGGCUCACAGCCUCGGUUUAGUUCCACCCACCGCGUGGCCGAGUGCUCAACAGGCACCUUGGAUUAUAUUUUACAACGCUGCCAGUUGGCGCUGCAGAAUGUCCUCAAUGACUCAGACAAUGGCGAUGUCUCCUUGAAGUCCUUUGAACCUGCAGUUUUGAAACAAGGAGAAGAAAUCCACAACGAGGUUGAGUUUGAGUGGCUGAGGCAGUUCUGGUUUCAAGGAAAUCGAUACAAAAUUUGCACUGAUUGGUGGUGUGAACCCAUGACUCACCUGGAGGGGCUGUGGAAGAAGAUGGAGAAUGUGACAAAUGCUGUGCUUCGUGAAGUUAAAAGAGAGGGGCUCCCUGUGGAACAAAGGAUUGAAAUUCUGACUGCCAUCCUGGCCCCAGUCACCGUGCGCCAGAAUCUGAGGAAAGAAUGGCAUGCCAGGUGUCAGUCCCGAGUCGUCCGGACCUUACCAGCAAAUCAGAAGCCAGACUGCCGGCCAUACUGGGAGAAGGAUGACCCUUCCAUGCCUCUGCCUUUCGACCUCACAGACGUGGUUUCAGAGCUCAGAGGCCAGCUUCUGGAAGCAAAACCCUAGAAGAAGCUCAAGCCUUAGGUGGAGAAGGAAAACAUUCUUGGCUUUCCUCCCGAAACCUCGGAGAAGGGUAGUAUAUACUCUUUUCAACCUGUAGGUUAUAGGAUCUGGGUUCCAGUUCAAAACAGCUAGAGAAUAAAGCCCACAAAUACUGAAAUGUUAAA